GUUCUUCAUUAAUCCAAGAAGAAGAAGAACAGUGUUUGAUUGAAAAAAACAGAAAAGAAAAAGAUGUUGGGAGGAAUUUUCGGAGGAAACAAGCAGAAGAUAAAGGGCACUGUGGUGCUUAUGCGAAAGAAUGUUUUGGACAUCAACAGCAUCCUCAACCCUGCCAGCGUCAUCGACAACGUCUUCGAUUUCGCCGGCACUCUUGUCGACGCCGUCACUGCUUUCGCCACCUCCAUCUCCAUCCAGCUCAUCAGUUCCACCAAGGCUGAUGGACAAGGGAAAGGAAAAGUUGGAACAACUACGAAGUUAAGAGGACAGAUAUCAUUGCCAACGUUGGGAGCGAGUGAAGAAGCAUACGAUGUUAAUUUUGAAUGGGACAGUGACUUCGGAAUUCCCGGCGCAUUUUACAUUAAGAAUUUCAUGCAAAAUGAGUUCUACCUCAAAUCUCUCACUCUCGAAGACAUUCCUAACCACGGAACCAUUCACUUCAUCUGCAACUCCUGGGUUUACAAUAAUACUAAAUACAAAACUCCUCGUAUUUUCUUUGCCAACAACACGUAUCUUCCUAGCGAGACACCAGCCCCACUUGUGAAGUACAGAGAAGAAGAAUUGAAGGUUGUAAGAGGCGAUGGAACUGGAGAACGAAAGGAAUGGGAUAGAAUUUAUGAUUAUGAUGUCUACAAUGACUUGGGCAACCCAGAUAAAAGUGAAGCCUAUGCUCGCCCUGUUCUUGGAGGUUCUACUUUGCCUUACCCUCGUAGAGGAAGAACUGGAAGACCCAAAACUAAAAAAGAUCCUAACAGUGAGAAGCCUAGCGACUUUGUUUACCUUCCAAGAGACGAAGCGUUUGGUCACUUGAAGUCAUCCGAUUUUCUCGCUUAUGCAUUGAAAUCGGUAUCCCAAGAUGUGUUACCAGUCUUGACUGAUGCAUUCGAUGGAAAUAUUCUGAGUCUUGAGUUUGAUAAUUUCGCUGAAGUGCGCAAGCUUUAUGAAGGUGGAGUUACAUUGCCCACAAACUUUCUCAGCAAAUACGCUCCCAUACCAAUUGUCAAGGAACUUUUUCGAAGUGAUGGUGAACAGUUUCUCAAGUAUCCACCACCUAAAGUCAUGCAAGUGGAUAAGUCUGCAUGGAUGACUGAUGAAGAAUUUGCAAGAGAAACCAUUGCUGGAGUCAAUCCUAAUGUCAUUAAGAUUCUUAAGGAAUUCCCACCAAGUAGCAAGCUAGACACUCAAGCCUUUGGUGACCAUACCUCUAUAAUAAAGAAAGAGCAUUUGGAGCCUCAAUUAGGAGGGCUCACUGUUGAGCAGGCUAUCGAGAACAAUAAGUUGUUCAUCUUAGAUCACCAUGACUAUCUCAUUCCAUAUUUGAGGAAAAUAAAUUCAUCUACCACAAAGACUUAUGCUACGAGAACCAUAUUUUUCUUGAAAGAGGAUGGAACACUGACACCAUUGGCCAUCGAGUUAAGUAAGCCACAUGGUCAGGGUGACGAAUUCGGUCCUAUCAGUGAAGUCUAUGUGCCUGCAUACGAGGGAGUGGAAGCUUACAUUUGGUUACUGGCAAAGGCUUAUGUUGUUAUCAAUGACUCGUGCUACCAUCAAAUCAUCAGCCAUUGGCUAAGCACUCAUGCAGUUGUUGAGCCUUUCGUCAUAGCAACGAACAGGCAAUUGAGUGUGGUUCACCCUGUUUACAAGCUCCUGUUUCCUCACUACCGUGAUACCAUGAACAUCAAUUCACUGGCCCGCAAGUCCUUGGUCAACGCAGAUGGUAUCAUCGAGAAAACAUUCUUGUGGAGUAGGUACUCUUUGGAAAUGUCUGCUGUGAUAUACAAGGACUGGUCUUUCGUUGAUCAAGCAUUACCCAAUGAUCUUCUCAAGAGAGGAGUUGCAGUUAAAGAUGCAUCUGCUCCCCACGGUGUUAAGCUUUUGAUUGAGGAUUAUCCUUAUGCUUCUGAUGGGCUGGAGAUAUGGGCAGCCAUCAAGUCGUGGGUGGAAGAGUAUGUGGCAUUCUAUUACAAGUCAGAUGAGGUACUUCAAAAAGACCCUGAACUUCAAGCUUGGUGGAAAGAACUUGUUCAGGUGGGUCAUGGUGAUCUGAAAGAUAAGCCAUGGUGGCCAAAGUUGCAAACACGUGGAGAGUUGGUUGACGUCUCCACUACCCUCAUUUGGAUAUCUUCAGCCCUUCAUGCAGCUGUUAACUUCGGACAAUAUCCAUACGGUGGUUUAAUCCUGAACAGGCCAACCAUUAGCAGAAGAUUCAUGCCUGAGAAAGGGUCUGCUGAAUAUGAGGCAUUGGCUAAGAAUCCAGAGAAGGAGUUUUUGAGAACUAUUACUGGUAAGAAAGAGACCCUGAUUGACCUUACAGUUAUAGAGAUAUUGUCAAGGCAUGCAUCUGAUGAGUUCUACCUUGGAGAGAGAGAUGGUGGUGACUUUUGGACUUCAGAUGCAGGGCCAUUGGAGGCCUUUAAGAGGUUCGGAAAGAAGCUUGCUGAAAUUGAACAAAAGCUUGUACAGAAAAACAAUGAUGAGACAUUGAGAAACCGCACUGGACCUGCUAAAAUGCCUUACACUCUUCUCUUUCCUUCCAGUGAGGAGGGAUUGACCUUCAGAGGAAUCCCCAAUAGUAUUUCUAUCUAAGGAUUCUACGGUUGUUCAGCUUCCUAGCUUUUAAAUAAAUGUCAUAUGGAGGGAAUAUAAUUCCUUCAUCAAUGCUGGUUUAUGUUUAACUAUGUAUUUCGAGUUCCUACUUGUAUUUGUUAUUGUAAUAAGGAAAGUUGUGUUUGCGUAAUUC